GACCUGCGAGGCUGGUAGGUUCGGUAGGGCAGUGUGUUGCGUAGCGGCGCGAUCUAGCACGAGGCCAGCACGCGGAAGCAGAUCAAGGGCGGGAAUCAAGUGUGACGUGAGGAAGAAGCUGUUGUGUGAUUGGAAAUACGACACGUCGGUGUAACAUGUGAAGCAGAAAGGGAAGUGUGACGAACAGAAGUUGGGGUGAUCUGUGUGUUCUCCUUUUCUAAACGACAUUAGUUUUCAAUGUAGCAAAGGAACGUGUGCCGAUCUCAGGCUAGGAUGAUCUGUGUAUUCUUCUUUUCUAAACGACAGUAGUUUUCGCCAUGCUUCUCUCGUAGUCUGCACUUAGUGGCAAAGCUGGAAUAAGUACAGACGGAGGCCGGAGAGAAGGGACAAGAAUAAAAGUAUUGAAACUUUAUUGAAACACAGAACAAAUCACGAUUUUACUUGUAGGAAAUGACACUUUACAUGUAUGUGGUUUUAAGCAUAACGAAUCGAAGAUAUUAAGAAGUUUAGAAACGUGCUUCUAAUUUGGCAUGGCUGAAGCGAUAAAUUGCAGGAGCACGUGUGUUUAUAUGAAAUGGAAUGCAAUCUGUGAAGCCAUUACAUUCGCGACGUAACAAUAAGAAUAUUGACUGUGAUUUGUUAACAUAAGGCCUACGCCAUUCAGUUAAAUGGCUUUUCAACGCAGUGCAUUCACAGUGAUGGCAUGUAGGUGAUAUGAGGACUUGCUAGAACAAAACUUGUGUUUAUGUUGUGUACGUGUAUGGUCAGUUGUUUUCCAUUGUAAAAAGACUGUCGUCUCUUGGAGCGAAGAGACAAGUACAUAUCAGAGUUUCGAAAGAAACCUAUUUUCGCGUGAUUUCGUUAAACGGUCUGUUGCGAUGUUUCAUUUAUAAACUUGACAAUAAGACAUGGGGUGCUGACCAGGUCAAGAUAUUUGUGCCGCACCAAGUACAGUGUGAUUAAGACGAGUUGGGCAAGAAAACUGAGUUAUUUAGGCAAUAUAUCAUCAAAGCACAGGGCGUUUUAUUUGAUUUCGUGUGUGAUUGUGGCGAGGAGGUGUAUUUGUUGAACACUGUGGCAAUGGCUACGUCUCUGACUGGCGUCGGAAUUUUGUGGGCGUUCCUAUCCCUCGCGGCUGCAUUGCUCUGCUGCUCCGGUUUCUAUCUGCCCUUCUGGAUACAGGGUCGUCUGCUUGACAAAGUGGAUGCCUACUUCAGUUCAUUCCGACGCUGCAACUACCCACGCGUCACGGCGCAGGGGGGCAUUGAGAUCGUGGAGGAAUGCGGCCGCUACUCCCGGUUCUGGGACAUUCCGAGCCCCUGGUGGCAGGCUAGCACCGUGCUUGUUGGUGUGGGAAGUGCCCUCAGCCUCCUGGUAGCCAUCACCGCUACGGCGGCCUGCUGUAUCACGUACGUGGUUCACACCGGCACAGCCAGAAUUGCAGGAGUCCUGCAGCUCAUAGCAGCGCUGCUGGUUUGUGGCGGAGCGGCGGUCUAUCCUGUGGGCUGGAACAACAGGGAAGUCCUGGAAUCGUGCGGGAAUGUAUCCAGCGUCUACAAUCUCGGUACGUGUGAGCUGUCGUGGUCCGUGUACCUGCUAGGCAGUGCCGUGGGGCUGCUGCUACUGUGCUUCGGCCUCAGCUUCUGUGCAUCGAGAGUGAAGCCGGGCUCCUUCCGCAUUUGAGUGUACAGCGCAGGCAUGCUGUCCAGCAGCGUGUGACAGACAGACAUACAGUUGGCUUCGCAUUAGCGCCAGUACACAGCACCUUGCCCAUCACAGACAGAGAAAUGUGCAAAUGUCCAUAUUUUCAAACCGGUUUAAUGUAAAUUCAUUAGUUCGUUAUGCUAAGAAACAAACUUGAUUUCAGUUGUAACAUUGCUAACAAUGUGUAUCGUGUUAGCCUGAAUUUAAGGCGAAUCUUUUGAACUGCUUAGAAAAGAAGGGUCACUUUCUUUUCUGGUCCUUAAGAAUAAACGUGAAACAGAUGAUUAUGAGGAGUUCUAACUGCUAAUUUUUAUUUUGUUUAUGAAAAUACCUACAAUUAUAUUUGAGGUAGUUUUUACUCCUUUUAGCUUACAACAGUUGAGAAGCUGACCAUUCACUUGCUUCUAUUGCCUAGGCCAAGAAUUGUAGAACUACUCAUGUACCUCCACUCCGGCAUAUGUCUUCAUGAGGUGGUGCUUAAUUAAUUAAGCCCAGGGAUAACUUUACAGUACCCCUCAAAACUAAAUGACAUUCAGUUUUAUGAAAACGCAUUUUUCCCUAUUUUCUUGUUGGAAAAAAAAGGGUCGCCUUAUAUUUGGGCAUGUACGGUAUUUGAUCUGCACGAGAUUCGAGGUUUUCAUGACGGUGAGAUUUCAUUUGCGGUCUUCUGGGUUAUGGCACUUUGUUGUAGUCUGGCAGGUGAGUACUAGCAUUUCAGAGGAACAUGUUGCUAUUUUCAUUUUACCUCGAUGAUCGGGGUAAUAUGUUCCUCUAAAACGCUGCUACCAACCUACCAGUGCAUUAACCCAGAAGUUCACACUGUGAAUAUAUGGUAGAAAGCCGAUUAUCCGAAUUAUUUAGUGAUAAAGGUGAUUCAGAUAAUCGGAAAUUCGGAAAAAUCGAUUAAAGUUUUAUUCACGAAAAAGUAACAUUAUUAUAAUUACUGUUAUAGUAAUAACUAAGAAACUUUUAAGGCAGAAGAAAAACGAAAAAUUAAUUAAUGUAAUUAUAAAUUUACAUUUUCGAACACUUUAUUGAAAAAUUCCAACAGUGAUGUCUGUUUAGCAGACCCAUUCCUUGGUUGCGGUUAUUCGGUUAAUUGGCAAUUGGGAUAACCGGGAUUCGGAUAAUCGGCGUUCGACUCUGUACGAUCUCCAACCCUCCGCAAAUAUAUGGGUUGUUUAAAAUAUUUGGAAUGGUAUUUGUGAUGGUUUGCUACAGUGGGUCUUCAUUUGUUGGACAUUUUGUACGCUAUUUUAAUGUAAAAUACACAUUUCAUAAACUGCGUCUCCUUUCACCUACAGGAGUGUCUAACAGUGAGUACUGGACCAACGAGAGUGAUUAAUCACAAUCUAACAGGCCCUUGUGAUUAGAUUUGCCAAUCUCGUACAUGCCUGAUGAUGGAAACAAAUACAUUUUUCGAAACAUUAUGUUUUAUAUCAAAUCAAGACAAUGAAUAAUGUAUAAGAAGUUAAACUUAUUCUGAAUCAUGUAUGGUAACACAGGCACUGGCUUCCCUGUAAGGCAUACUCCGUGUAAUUCAGUCAUCUGUGCCCAAAUACUGUAAACCUGCCAUCUUGCAACAUGGAUCUGUGUUCAUGGCUUCGUAGAUCAGUGCCUGAUCCAAGAAGGAACAGCUGACUGCUUCAGAACUCCCCGAUGAUCAUCAUUUCGUUUCUUAAUAAUUGUGAUCUGUAAGUGCAUAGCAACAUAGUCAUUUAAAAUGGUAAUAUAUACUGCAUACCUUUACAUAUUUUGGUUAUAAUAAUUGAUGAAGAUAUGCAAAGUUAUUGUGAUACAUAAUUUGAACAACAUGUUUCAUCUCCGUACUCUUACUGUAGUCACUGCCGAAAUGAAAAUAGUGCCCAAGAGGUUCGCACUGAAGCCAGUAGAUUCUAAACCAUAUUUGAUGCAAACUUCUCUUCCACUGCAAUAUGUGAGGACAGUGGUUCCAACCAUGCUUAUGACUUGGCUUAGUGUUGCUCCAUCUUAAAGGCCUUUUUUUUUUUUUGCAUUCACAUGUGGUGAUCAUAUGCUAAUGGGCUUCAGAAAUUUGACUUUAUUCCCCUCAGGUAUAAGAAAAAUUGUAUUAAUAUUCAGUGGCAUCUUGUGAACUUUUUACAAUAUGGGAGUAAUUGCCAGAAAUGUUUUAAAAUGCAGAAUAUUAAUACUACAAUUUAAGAACCUUUGGGUUGCUUUUUUGUUCUGUAUGUAAUAAUAAAUACUUAUUAUAUUAACUGA